UUUUAAAUAUUAUUAUUGAAUUAGAUGAAAAUCAUGGAUGAGAGUGUAUAGAAUCCUGAAAAUAGAGAACAAAGAAAUAAUUUAUCUUAAAAAAAAGAACUCAGGUCACGUUCUAAAAUAGUCCCAGGCAUAUUCUAAGAAUAUAAGAGAACAUAUAUCAAAGUACCUCCAGUUUUUAAGGAUUAAUUAUCUAGACUUGUACUCAAGGAAGGGUUUAAAAUUAAAGAAGUAUAAUAUUAUCAAUAGGUUUAUUAGGCUGCUAAGAAACUCUCGAUAAAAUAUGCUACAGCUAAGACUAUUAUAUUCCAUUAAAGAUAGGAAAGGAAAUAAAUUAUAUAAGUAGGAUCAAAGAUGUGUUCAUACACUGAACUACAAUCAGUGAGAAUAUCAAAGUUGAGACUAAUUUCAACAACCUCGAGUGAUAUAAUUUCAAAUGUUGAGUAUCAACUAGUCCCUCAAAAUACUAUAUAAUACUUAUGA